ACGUCGGCCCACCCGGCGGGCGGCGGGCGCGGAGGAGCGGACGUCAAGGUGCCUCCCGAGCACUGACGCGGCGGCGCGGAGACGCAAGAUGGCUGCCCUGUAGGGUCCGCGGGAGGAGCCGGCUGCGACCGGACGCCGCGCGGCCGAGGACGGGACCCAGGCUGGCAAACAUUCAGCAGCGCACUCUCUCAAGACUGUUUACCUGCCUUUGCUCCUGUUGAGUGACCACGCUUGGAAGCGAGAGAUGGACUCGGCGGCAGCCGGCAGGACAUGAUCCCGGUGGAGCAGUGAGAGACAGAGCUGCUGAGUUCAUCCGGAGGCAGCCUGUGGAUGGCCCCGAGGUGAGCCUGAUGGAAGAGGACAGAACCAGCCAUGCUGAGGGCAACAGACUAAGUCCAUUCCUGAUACCAUCGCCUUCUCCCGUUUGCCAGACGGAACCGCUGGCUAGAAAGCUCCAGAAUGGAAGCCCAUUAACCGAGAGACCCCAACCGGAGGUAAAUGGAGAAACCAAGUGGCAGUCUUUCAGAAGUUGUUAUGGAGUAACCCACAUGAAGGGGACCCAGGCCAGCCGCGUGAGUCCUGACUUUAUUCAAGAAGGCAGAGGGUAUUCCAAGUGUCUGCAGAAUGGAGGAAUAAAACGCACGGUGAGCGAACCUUCUCUGUCUGGGCUCCAUCAGAACAAGAAGUUGAAACAAGAACAAAAGGCUAAUGGAGAAAGGCGUAACUUCGGGGAAAGUCAAGAAAGAACUCCUAGCGAAAGCAGCCAUCAACCAAAUGUCUCCGAUUUGAAUGAGAAAAGAGAAUCUGUGAGCUCUGUGACCCAAGAAAAGACAGUUAAAGAUCGCACGGGUUUUUCAACACAUAAUUGCAGUGGGUCUGAAAAUCCAGAGCUUCAGAUUCUGAACGAGCAGGAGGGGGAAAAUGCUAACUCUUGUGAUAAGACCAUUGUAUUACUUCUUAAAAACAAGUCAGUGCUAAUCCCUAAUGGUGCUACAGUUUCUGCCUCUUCCAUGGAAAACACACACGGUGAACUCCUGGGAAAAACACUGUGUCAGUGCUACCCAGACUGUGUUUCCAUUGCGGUGCAGAAAACCACAUCUCACAUAAAUGCCAUUAAUAGCCAGGCUACUAACGAGUUGUCCUGUGAGAUCACUCAGCCGUCGCAUACCUCAGGGCGGAUCGAGUCCCCACAGACCUUGCGCUCGGAGCUGCCCCCAGAGCCAGCGGCAGCAGUGGCCGAGGCCUGCGGGCCCGACGUUGCCAGUGACCCAGCUGCCGUGCUGGGCGCCUGUCCCUUUCAGGAACCGGAACAACCGCCACAACAAAACGCAGGUUUUGAGAUCUGCCCAUCUCCUGCAGAAAACGGCAACAUCCAAGGAACCGCAAAGCUAGUAUCUGGUGAAGAAUUCUGUUCAGGUUCCAGCAGCAAUUUGCAAGCUACUGGUGGCAGCUCUGAACAGUAUUUAAAGCAAAAUGAAAUGAAUGGUGCUUACUUCAAGCGAAGCUCAGUGUUCACUAAAGAUUCCCUCUCGGCCACUACCACACCACCACCACCACAACUGCUUCUUUCUCCCGCUCCUCCUCGCCCGCGGGUCCCUCAGCUUCCUUCAGAAGGAAGAAGCACUCUGAAUGAUGGAGUUUCACAAGAACACCAUCGAUACCCCAACCAAAGCAACGCGACUCUUUUAAGGGAAGUGAAAAUAGAGAGUCAACCCGAGGCACCACCAUCCCAGAGUCCUAACCCGUCUACACAUGGAUUGAACCCUUCUCUGGUGCCUUCAGAAAGGUCUCAGAAUAGCUUUGCUAACAAAAAUGACCUACGGACUCCAGGGACAUUGUGUUCUGAGAAAAUAAGACCAGCAUCAGAACACCUCAAGCAUAACCCCCUGGUCCUUGGCAGCGGCGGCGAUCUGCAGACCCCCUGCCGGCAGCUGGCGAGACACACAGAACAGGAGAUUCUGAGGGGUCGAGACCAGGAACAAAGGCGAGAUCUUGUGCUCCCCACACGGCACUAUCUGAAACCGGGAUGGAUUGAGCUGAGGACCCCGCACUUUCAUCAGGCAGAGUCCCAGCCGAAACACCACGAAGUGUCUCUGCCACCCACACUUCAGUGUCAGUCCAGCUCCUCCAAUCAAACGACCUCCGAACAAUACACUGGAAACGCCAGCAUGCCUGGGGCGCUCCCACGGCACGCUUACAUCCAUAAAACAGUACAGCUGGGGCAGAAGUCACAAAUGUACCAAGGUGAGAUGAGCCCAGGGCAAGGUACAGUGGACCAACAUCUCCAGCUCCAAAAACCCUCGCACCAGACACACUUCUCCAAAACAAACCCUGCACCCGAAGCUCACGUGCAGCCACUGUGUGCUUCGAGAUUUCACUUUCAACACAGAACAUAUUCCCAAGCUGAGAAACUCAUAUCCCCGUUUUUAAAACAGCACUUGAAUCGACAGCAGGCUUCAGAGACCGAGCCAUUCUCAGACUCACACCUUUCACAACAUAAGCCUCAUCAGCAGGCCGCACAAACACGGCUGCCCCAGAAUUCCCGUCUCCCUCAAAACCAGCAAGCGCAGCCAAAAUUACAAAUGAAGAAUAAAGAACAAAGGCUCCAGACUUUUCCUCAUCCCCAAAGCAACAAUGAUCAGCAAAGAGAAGGAUCCUUCUUUGGCCAGGUUAAAGUGGAAGAAUGUUUUCAUGGUGAAAAUCAGUAUUCAAAAUCAAGUGAGUUCCAGGCUCAUCAUGCUCAAAUGGGACUAGAGCGAGCACAAAAUAUGAACAGUCGAAAUUCCCCUUAUAGUCAAAUCUUGAAAUCAAGUGAAAAUAAAGGGCAGAUUCCUUGCUCAAACAGCACACAGCUAGUUCCAGAGAAUAGAGAACACACUAUACGUUCUCAGCUCUUUGUUGGAAACAAGACCCCAAACGUGCAUCACAUGCAAUAUUUCCCAAACAGCGUGACCCCAAAGCCAGAUGUUCUUCACAGGUGCUUUCGAGAACAAGAGCAGAAGCCUCAGCAAGCUUCAGUUCUACAGGAAUAUAAAAGUAGAAACCAAGAUGUGUCUAAUCAACAAGCUGCACAACUCACUCAGCAAAGGUACUUGACACAUAACCCAGCAAAUGCUUUCCCUGUGCUUGACCAGGGAGGAAGCCACAUUCAGACGUCCCCACAGAAGGACCUUCACAAGCAUGCUGCUCUGAGGUGGCACCUUUUACAGAAGCAGGAACUGCAACAGCAGCAAACACAGCAACCCCAGCCUGAGUCUGGCCAUCAGCAGGUGCCCAGACCAAUUAAGGUUGAACCUGGAUCCAAGCCCCAUGCCUGUAUGCACCCUGUGAGCACACAGCCAGAAAACAAAGUGUGGAAAAAGGUAGCAAAGCAAGAAAUUCCACCUCCAAGCUGUGAUAAUGUGCAGCAGAAGAGCAUUAUUGAGACCAUGGAGCAGCACCUGAAGCAGUUUCAGGUCAAAUCUUUAUUUGACCAUAAGGCUCUUGCUCUCAAAUCACAGAAGCAAGUAAAAGUUGAAAUGUCAGGGCCAGUCACAGUUCUAACCAGGCAAACCACUGCUGCAGAACUUGACGGCCCCACCCCAGCUUUAGAGCAGCAAGCAACUCCUUCUUCAGAAAAGACCCCAACCAAAAGAGCAGCUGGUUCUGUUCUCAAUAAUUUUUUAGAGUCACCUUCCAAAUUACUAGAUACUCCUAUAAAAAAUUUAUUGGAUACACCUGUCAAGACUCAAUAUGAUUUCCCAUCAUGCAGAUGUGUAGAGCAAAUUAUUGAAAAAGAUGAAGGUCCUUUUUAUACCCAUCUAGGAGCAGGUCCUAAUGUGGCAGCUAUUAGAGAAAUCAUGGAAGAAAGGUUUGGACAGAAGGGUAAAGCAAUUAGGAUUGAGAGAGUCGUCUAUACUGGUAAAGAAGGCAAGAGUUCUCAGGGAUGUCCCAUUGCUAAAUGGGUGGUGCGCAGGAGCUGCGGCGACGAGAAGCUGCUGUGCCUGGUGCGGGAGCGAGCCGGCCACACCUGCGCGGCCGCCGUCAUCGUGGUGCUCAUCCUGGUGUGGGAAGGCAUCCCGCGCGCUCUGGCCGACACCCUGUACGCGGAGCUCACCGAGACGCUGCGGAGGUGCGGCGCGCUCACCACCCGCCGGUGCGCCCUGAACGAAGAGAGAACCUGUGCCUGUCAGGGGCUGGACCCAGAAACCUGUGGUGCCUCAUUUUCUUUUGGCUGUUCCUGGAGCAUGUACUAUAAUGGAUGUAAGUUUGCCAGAAGCAAGAUCCCAAGGAAAUUUAAGCUGCUUGGGGAUGACCCAAAAGAGGAAGAGAAACUGGAGUCUCAUUUGCAAAACUUAUCCACUCUUAUGGCACCAACUUACAAGAAACUGGCGCCUGAUGCAUAUAAUAAUCAGAUUGAAUAUGAGCACAGAGCCCCGGAGUGCCGUCUGGGUCUGAAGGAAGGCCGUCCAUUCUCGGGUGUCACUGCGUGCCUGGACUUCUGCGCCCACGCCCACCGAGACCUGCACAACAUGCCGAACGGCAGCACGCUGGUGUGCACUCUCACUAGAGAAGACAAUCGAGAAAUUGGAGGGAAACCUGAGGACGAGCAGCUGCACGUUCUGCCUUUGUACAAAGUUUCUGAUGUGGAUGAGUUUGGGAGUCUAGAAGCUCAGGAGGAGAAAAAACGAAAUGGUGCCAUUCAGGUCCUGAGUUCUUUCCGACGGAAAGUCAGGAUGUUGGCAGAGCCGGUCAAGACCUGCCGACAAAGGAAACUAGAAGCCAAGAAAGCAGCUGCUGAAAAGCUUUCCUCUCUGGAGAACAGCUCAAAUAAGAACGAAAAGGAAAAGUCAGCCGCAGCACGCACAAAACAGACUGAAAAUGCAAGCCAGGCUAAACAGUUGGCAGAACUUCUGCGACCUUCAGGACCAGCCGUGCAGCCGCUGCAGAAGCAGCCCCCGCAGCCCCCGAGACCCCAGCAGCUCCAGCUGCCUGCGACUGGUCAUGCUCAGUCCGAGGCUGUCAACUCUUACGCUGCUUCUGGAUCCACCGGCCCAUACAUGCGAUGGCCCAACCCAGUUAGUCCUUAUCCCGGCUCUUCACACGCUGCUGCGGAUAUUUACGGGGGUGCCAGCUCUGUGAACCUCUAUUCCACCUCAUCCCACACCGCAGGUUCAUAUUUAAAUUCUUCUAACCCCAUGAACCCCUACCCUGGGCUUCUGAACCAGAAUAACCAAUAUCCGCCAUAUCAAUGCAACGGAAACGUGUCGGUGGACAACUGCUCCCCGUACCUGGGCCCCUAUUCUCCCCAGUCUCAGCCCAUGGGCCUGUACAGGUACCCAAGCCAGGACCGUCUCUCUAAGCUCAAUCUGCCCCCCAUCCACGCACUCUACCAGCCACGGUUUGGAAAUAGCCAGAGUUUUGCUUCUAAGUACUUGGGUUAUAGAAACCAGAAUAUGCAGGGAGAUGCCUUCAGCAGUUGUACAGUUAGACCGAACGUGCACCACGCAGGGACGUUCCCUCCUUAUCCCACCCACGAGUCGGACGGCCACUUCAUGGGGGCUGCCUCCAGGGCCCCUCCCAAUCUGAGCAGUGCAAACGUAGACUAUAGAAAUGGCGAGCAUCACCCGUCUUCUCAGCUGCCUCACAAGCACAGCGCAGCGCCGGGCGUGCGCGGCAGCCCUCUUCACGCCCUGCGUCCGCAGAGCAGGGACAGCGACUCGCUUCCCCACGCGGCGAAUGGGCUGUCCCAGGUGCUCCCGGCUCUCAGCCACGACGGCCCCGCCUGUGUCCAGGGCGGCGCGGCACAGAAACCGCACGAGGCUCCCGGCGCGCAAAAGCAGCCGCCGGCGCCGGAGGAGGAGGAGGUCUGGUCGGACAGCGAGCAGAGCUUCCUGGACCCCGACAUCGGCGGCGUGGCCGUGGCCCCCACGCACGGCUCCAUUCUCAUCGAGUGCGCCAAGCGCGAGCUGCACGCCACGACCCCGCUCAAGAACCCCAACAGGAACCGGCCCACCAGGAUCUCCCUGGUCUUCUACCAGCACAAGAGCAUGAACGAGCCCAAGCACGGCCUGGCCCUCUGGGAGGCCAAGAUGGCCGAGAAGGCCCGGGAGAAGGAGGAGGACGGCGAGAGGCACGGCGCGGACCACGCGCCUCCCAGGACGCACGGCAAGAAGGCGCGGCGCGAGCCCGCCGAGCCGCCCGAGCCCGCGCACCUGCGCUUCCUCCGGUCGCUGGCCGAGAGGACCGCGUCCCUGACCACCGACUCCACGGUGACCACGUCCCCGUACGCCUUCACGCGGGUCACAGGGCCUUACAACAGAUACACUUGACGCCGCCCUCGCCGGCUACCUCGGCGGGAACCCUCCGCUCACCAGCGAAACCGAGCGGUCGCACCGCAGCACUUAGUGUCCGCCACGCCCGCGGGCGGAGGGGCACCGGGAGAAAGACCAAAGCAUCCUAUGCAAAACGCAGGUAGGGAAAAAGUGUCCUGCAAUUACAUUUUUCAACACUGGUUCUAUUACUGGACGAGAUGGUAGGUAAAUGUGAUUCUUUUUCCCCCCUUACAACUCUACGCGUCUGUGACCACUUUGAACAAUACCGAGGUUGCAUAGUGAUGGAACGCAAAUCAGCAAGUGCUGGAGUAGUACAGGGACAGGAAUCCUAACUUACCAUCUGGUGCUGAAUACACGAUGUACUGAAAUACUGGAAUUAUGGCUUUUUAACAUGGCAGUUCUUACUGUAAUCUUAAUAUUAACUUUUAUUUAUCAGAAUAGCUACAGAAAAACAAAUGAAUAGCAGCAAAACACUGAAUUGUUUGGAUGUGCUAAGAAAUGGUGCUAAGAAAAUGGUGUCUUUAAUAGUUGAACAUUUAAUGCCUUUCUGUCAUCAGGACGCUGUCAGCGUCCUCCAGUGCCCUUGAAUGACGGGUACCUUUUCAUCCAAGCUUUUAUCGUAACGACCUAUUCUUACACAAGCUUAGUUUUUAAGAUGUGGACAUUUCAAAGGCCUCUGGAUUUUGGUCAUCCAGUGAAGUCCUUGCAGGACGAAAAACAUAUAUAUGUACAUAUAUACACAAACGUAUGUAUAUGUGCACACACGUAUAUGUAUAAAUAUUUUAAAUGGUGUUUUAGAAGCACUUUGUCUACCUAAGCUUUGACAACUUGAACCAUGCUAAGGUACUGAGACGUUUAAAAAAACAAGUUUACUUUCAUUUUAGAAUACAAAGUUGAUUUUUUUUAAUGAAACAACAAAAGCUUUUAAAAUAUUAUUGCUUUUAGCCAUGUAUCUGCUGAUGAGCAAUUGUGUCCAUUUUUAACACAGCCAGUUAAAUCCAAAACGGGGCUUGCUGGAUUAAGGGAAUACUUCAGUCCACAACACGCGUUUUCUGGUGCUCAUCUCACAUGUUAUACUGUAAAACAGUUUUAUACAAAAUUGUCUGACAAGUUCAUUGCUCAAAUAUGUAUAGUUUUAAGGAUUUUCUAUUAACUGCAGGUAAUCAUUAGCCGCAUGCUAUACUGACUCAACAAAGCUAGUUCACUUCAGCCUGUGCUGUUUUGUGGAUCUGUCUGCUCCUCAGAGAACUUUCUGGCAGCCUGUUUGUGUGGAUAAUUAUGUACAUUGUGUCAUUGUCAUUUCUUAGCGUAAGUGUCCUCUUUACUGGGCAGAUGGAGCAGACUGAUGCCUGCAUGAGAUUAAAACACAGGGUUAGUUCCACGUGAAUCUGUUGGUUAAAAAAGAAACAACAAAAAGAAAAACAGGCAGCUGGUUUGCUGUGGUGGUUUUAAAAUCAUUAAUUUGUAUAAAGACGUGAAAGAAUUGUAUAGUAAAUUAAAUUGUAAACAAAAACUUUUUUAACACAAUGCUUUAGUAUUUUAGUACUGUAAAAAAAAUUAAAUAUAUACACACAUUUAUACAGAUAGAGAUGGAUAUGGAUCUGAAGCGGAGCUCACAUCACGACGGUGCUACUCAUCCCGCCACAGAUGUGCGGUGAUGUGCGCUGGGAAUCCGUGACAGGCUCAAGUGGUGUUCCUAUUUGUCAUUUACCUCAACACUAGCUUGGCAAUAGGGUCUGGAGCUGAGGGUGAAAGCUCAUAGCAUCGUGUGUGCCAUCAUUUUUUCCAAGUCUUUUAUUAUUAUUAUUAUUAAAAACAUACCUUUUUUCAAUACUUGAUUUCUUAGCAAGUAUAACUUGAACUUCAACCUUUUUGUUCUAAAAAUUCAGGGAUAUUUCAGCUCAUGCUCUCCUUAUGCCAACAAUGUCACCUGUGUUCAUGUAAGAGUUUUGUAGGUUAAUAAAUAUAUUCUUUGUCAGGGAUUUAACCCUUUUAUUUUGAAUCCCUCCUAUUUUACUUGUAUAUGUACUGAUGUAACAAACUAAUUUUGUAAAUCUGUUGGCUCUUUUUAUUGUAAAGAAAAGCAUUUUAGAAGUUUGAGGAAUCUUUUGACUGUUUUAAGCAGGAAAAAAAUGCACUGAGCUGAUAAAGGGAAAAGGCAGGAGUUUGGCAAGUGGCUGUUGGCUAGAGUCUUAUCUCUCUAAAUAAAGCUUUGUUGAUCCUGUACUCAAAUACAGGUACAUACUCCAUGAGAACUUCCCCAAACAGGCAAAACACCUAGAGGUAUGGUGUACAGUGGACUGUACAAUUACCUUUUGGCCUAAGUACAUUUUAGCUUCCUAACAUUUCAAAUAAACUCUGCAUCAAAGGAGGCCUUUAGGUUUAAUUGGUCAAAUCUUUAUAAGAUGGAUUUUGUCCUUUAAAAAAAAAAAUGAGUGUUUGGCUGUGUCCAAUUUACAAACAUUUCACAAAAUGUUUUGCUUGCAAACAAACCACGGGAUUGUAAUGUUUUACAUAUACCAUAAUAUCGAACCUCAUAUAUUUGGUUUCUGUUAUCCACUGUCAUUUGUCAAACUGCUGGCCAAGAAAAGCAGGAAGUAUAGUUUGGGGGGUGAGGGAGAGACAAGGUCAGGAGGAGGAGAGGAAAGUGAGUGGCAAAACUGUAAAUAUCAGAUCUGUACUUGUAACUAUCAAACCUGCCUCAGUUAGGAUGAAUUGGGAAGCAGAGCUACGACUUGCUUAUAUAGGAAUAUCAGGUUGACUGUAUAGCCAUACUUGAAAAUGCUUCUGAGUGGUGUCAACUUUACUUGAAUGAAUUUUUCAUCUUGAUUGAUGCACAGUGAUGUACUGCUCACUUCUAAAGCUAGUGGUUAACUUGUGUAGGAAACUUUUGCAGUUUGACACUAAGAUAAGGAAUUUCUGUGUGCAUUUUUCUAUGCUUUAUUUUUUUAAGCUUAGUUUCAUUUCAUUUUCAUGAGAUGUUUGGUUUGUUUAUAAAAUCUGAGGAUGGUUAUAAAUACUGUAAGUAUUGUAAUGUUAUGAAUGCAGGUUAUUUGAAAGCUGUUUAUUAUUAUAUCAUUCCUGAUAACGCUAUGUGAGUGUUUUUAAUAAAAUUUAUAUUUAUUUAAUGCACUCUAA